UAAGAUGGACUCACUAUUCACCUAGUCAUGUAUUGUGUUAUACUUUAUCUGUAUGCAGAGCCAACAACUGUGGACCUACAUGUGGAUGGAAUUACAGACAUCUGCACUAAAGAACAAGACAUCAACUUCAUUUUUACUGGGUUUUCAGUCUUGGGAACUGUCUUGAGUAAAGGGGAUUUGUUGGGGCCUGCAGGGGUUGAAGUAAGUUUGAGAAAAGUAGGAGAAGAUGAUGUCCUUCAAAGUGUCCUCACACAAGCUGGAGGCCAGUAUACUUUCCUCAAGGUGCUUCCAGGAAGUUAUGACAUCACCGCCACUCAUGCCUCAUGGACCCUUGAACAUAGCUCAACCACUGUGGAAUGUUUUUGGUGA